ACAGUUGUAGAAUCAGUCGAAGAUGAAGGGCAUUGUAGUGGUCUGUGUUCUUCUUGGCUUCUCUGUAGCAAAUCCGAAUCCAAGCAGGCGGUCUCUGUCAUGUUCUGAUUUUCCAAAGCAGUUAUCGGGGAGGCUGUUCUUGGUUGAGACGGAUGAGUCAGGCUCAACUGAAACAAAUAGCAAGGCAUUCUCUGUAGAUAUGAGUCUUGGACGAAUGCAGGUAGAGAUGGGCGAUGAAAUUUUGAUAAAGGACUAUAGAGAGGGUAAGACUUAUAAAAUAAGUUCAGAUGGAUGCUAUAUUGACUCAUUGGAGGAGAAAAGUUUUACUGAAUUUCUGGAGGAGUUACCGCUGAACUUUGUCGCCACUGGUUCACUUGGAUCGAAAGGAGCAUCAGUUGAUGUUUAUUCGUUUAAAGAUGGUGAAGAAGUAGGAGUGGUAACGCUAGAGUCUGGCAAUCAAUGUAUCCCAGCAAGCUAUGCUGUGAAGACAGAGUACUCCGCCAUAUCAGGAAGUUUUCUUGACUUGAAGACUACGCUUGAUCCUGAGAAGUUGGUUAUACCAGAAAAAUGCAAGCAAGCAAUCAGUGGCCGAUCCGUUCCAGCGCUUUCACGGAAUGCGCUGACUGACGCAUUCAGUUUGUUUAACUCUCUAAGUGUUGCUGGUAAACGGGGAUUCCCCUGGGUUCUCGGAAAGAAAAACGGAAGGAAAAGGGAAUCACCCUGGAUUCUCGGAAAGAAAAACGGAAGGAAAAGGGGAUUUCCCUGGAUCCUCGGGAAGCAAACCGGGCGUUAAUGGGGCUGUCCCUGGAUUAAACCAGGGAAGCUGACGAGUUAUCGGGAUUUCUGAUCCAGGUUUCAACUGAGAUUAGAUGAUAGGUCGUACGAAGGCUAAUGUACAAGCUUAGUUCUUCAUUAAAAUUAAUAUCAGUGAAAUAG